UCCAUCGCGACGAUCACUCUAAUUCCGAUCUUCACUACAUUAUAUACAUAUAUACAAGUCAAGAGAUUCAGAGGAAGAAGAUGGUGGCUGUGGGCAUGAGCAGGGCGGAGCGGUGGAACCUCGCCGGCGCGACGGCGCUCGUCACCGGCGGCAGCAAGGGCAUAGGGCACGCGAUCGUGGAGGAGCUAGCGGGGUUCGGCGCCCGGGUGCACACGUGCUCACGCAACGCGGCGGAGCUGGAGGAGUGCCGGCGGCGGUGGGAGGAGAAGGGGCUGCAGGUCACCGUCUCCGUCUGCGACGUGUCCGUGCGCGGCGACCGCGAGGACCUCAUGGCCACCGUGGGUGCCACCUUCGGCGGCAGGCUCGACAUCCUCGUGAACAACGCCGGGCAGUCGCUGUUCAAGCACACGGUGGAGUGCACCGGCGAGGACUACGCGCGGAUCAUGGCGACCAACCUCGAGUCGUGCUUCCACCUCUGCCAGCUCGCGCACCCGCUGCUGCGUGCCACCGGCGGCGGCGGCGGCGGCGGCGGCAGUGUCGUCCACAUCUCCUCCAUCGCCGGCUUCAUCGGGCUACCGGCGCUCGCCGUCUACUCCAUGACCAAGGGCGCCAUGAACCAGCUCACACGCAGCCUCGCCGCCGAGUGGGCCGGCGAUGGCAUCCGUGUCAACUGCGUCGCACCGGGGGGCAUCAAGACAGACAUCAGCAGUGAUAAGACGAUAGACCCGGAGCUGGUGAAGAAGGAGAUGGCGCGGCUGCCCAUGGGGAGGAUCGGCGAGCCGGAGGAGGUGGCGUCCUUGGUGGCAUUCCUCUGCAUGCCGGCGGCGUCCUACAUGACCGGCCAAGUCAUCUGCAUUGACGGCGGCCGCACCAUAGCUUAGCAGCUUGUUGCUAGCUAGUCCACUUGUCACGUUCAUUUAUGUAUGUAUGCGUACGUGACAGACCAGCAGCCGGCACACGUACAUUCUGUUUGUACAUUUUGCGUGCAUUGUGCUGAGGAUGAUUUUCUCGUUCUUAUUUGUAAUCUUCUUGCUAUGCAUCUUGUAUUAUAAUCUAGUUUUUCCUGUGUCAAAAUAUAU